ACGGCAUGGUUCCACGUGCUAUGUGGUGGUCGGUUGCGUGGUUGCUGCUCGGUUUCGCCGGGAGAGCGGCCGGCGUGGAUUUUAAUGACCAGGAAUGGGAAAUUUAUGAAGAUUUAAAUGAUUUUGGUGAAUUUAAAAAUGAUGCGUCCAUUGAAUAUGAUAAAGAAACAAUAGUUCCAGUUAUGAUAAGCGGUGGAGAAAAUAAAUUGGAACAGAGGCGAAAAAAAAGGAGCCCAGAGAAUGAAUCUCUUGAGUUGACUUUCGCAGCUUUCGGCGAACAUUUUCACUUGCAGUUAGAGCCGGAAUCUUCUUUGCUAGCUCCUGGAUUCAAGGUGUACCAUUUGCAUGGAGCAGAGAAGGUAUUUGGAUCUAACGACUUAAAAAAGUGCUUAUUUAGAGGCUGGCUCAAGAGUCAUCCCGGAUCAACUUUGGCUUUGAAUCUAUGUGGAGGAAUGAGUGGUUUGAUACAGACUGCGCAAAAUGAUUUUCUAAUUGAGCCCUUAAAUAAAAACAUGAGUGAUGAAAAGGCACCAUUGAAGGAACACAUUUUGUCCAAGAGGUCUGUGAAAACGAUGGAUCAAGACCCCAGUCAAACGCAUUUUUGUGGAAAGAAGAAGAGAUACAUGCCACAGAAGCCGAGAAGGAAGGAUUUCUGGCUCCCUGGCGAGUUUACAAAUUCAGAAAAUGUUGGUAAAAACUUCCCAAUUGUGCACAGGCAGAAGAGAGACUUUGUAAGCCGACGUGAAUCUCUGAGGAUGAGACAUAACAACCGUACUAGAGUCUUCCAGUACCACGGACGGCAUCGACGAUCCGUCGAGACUCUAGUAGUUGCUGACAGAGAAAUGGUGCGCAAGCACGGCACAGAAAACGUCACAAGUUACCUUCUGACAGUUUUCAACAUGGUAGCUAUGCUGUAUCAAGAUUCAACAAUCGGCAAUAACGUCAGUGUCAUUCUUGUUGGUAUCGUUCUUUUAGAGGGAGAUGAACCGGGAUUAACGUUGUCUCACAGUGCGGAUAGUUCUUUGAGCAGUUUCUGUCAGUGGCAGUCCACCAUCCACAACAGCAAGGGAAAACAACAUGAUCAUGCUGUUCUGGUAACUGGUCUAGAUAUUUGUUCUUGGAAAAAUGAGCCUUGCGACACUUUAGGUUAUGCUCCGAUUAGUGGUAUGUGCAGUAAGUACCGAAGUUGUACUGUAAAUGAAGAUUCUGGAUUAGCUCUGGCAUUUACUGUAGCACAUGAAAUCGGACACAACUUCGGAAUGGUCCAUGACGGACAAGGCUCGUCUCCAUGUCGCAAGAAACGGGGCACCAUCAUGUCUGCUUCCCUGUCUGGUCUGGAUACCCGCUUCCUGUGGUCCGACUGCAGCAGACGAGAUCUCGCCAAGUUCCUGGAUUCACCCAGAGCCCUUUGCUUGAGAAAUGAACCGGACUCGCCCGAUGAACUGCAAUUUCCCAACAGUCUACCGGGGCAGUUGUACGAUGCUGAUAUGCAGUGUAGACUGCAGUUUGGCGGAAAGUCGAAGCUGUGUGAACAUUAUCCGAGAAAGAAUGAAGUGUGCAGAGCUUUGUGGUGUCAGAGGAACGGACGAGAAUGUGAAACGAAGUUUCUACCAGCUGCAGAGGGAACUUCUUGUGGACAAAACAAAUGGUGCCGAAAAGGAGCAUGCGUUCAUUUGGAGUUGGAAGCUCUAAAAGUGGUUGAUGGUGGCUGGGGGCUGUUCUCGGAGUGGUCCAACUGUUCAAGACCUUGCGGAGGAGGACUCAUGAUUCGUGAACGCUUCUGCGAUUCGCCCGUGCCACAGAAUGGAGGAAACUAUUGCAAAGGAGAAGACAAAGAAUAUCAAAUUUGUGCGACAAAGGAUUGUGACGAAGAUAGUCCUGAAUUUCAUUCUGAUCAGUGUGCCACAUUUAACAAGCGUACCGUAAAGGGAAAAUUUUAUCGUUGGAAGCCAUACAGCAAAGAUCUAGGAGCUUUAUCACGUUGCCGAGUUUAUUGUGUUCCCUAUAAAGAAGAUUUAUAUUUGAUACUUUCGACGAAACUUCAGGAUGGAACAUCUUGUAGUGGACAUUUUAAUGGAGUAUGCAUUGAUGGAGAAUGCAGGACUGUAGGCUGUGACAAAAGAAUUGAGUCAAAUGUCAUGCCCGACUAUUGUGGCAUUUGCAAUGGUGAUAAUUCUACAUGUAAAGUCGUCAAUGGAAGUUUUCACGCCAAAAAUAUUAGUACAGGAUAUCACGAGGUAGUCAGAAUACCGACGAACUCCAGACAUCUUCACGUGUCAGAGUUGCAAGAAUCACCCAAUUACUUAGCUCUGCGAGAGGAUGAUGAUGGUUAUAAGCUGAACGGUAACUGGGUGUUGGACUGGCCAGGUCGGUACUCUGCAGCUGGAACUAUAUUUAGCUACAGAAGGUGGCCAGGCAAACCUGAAAGUUUAGUCUCAAAAGGGCCGACUACCAAGGAGCUUGUAGUAGAGGUUCUUCUUCAAGACAAUGCAGAAUCUGUUAUAAAUUAUGAAUUUGUCAUCUCUUCCAACACUGCACAUUGGCUGUUUCGUAAUUCUUCUUGUAGCAAGACCUGUGGAAGUGGAACGUUUAAGUCGUACCCCACAUGUUUUGGAACCCUUGGCAAAGUGGAUGAAAUGUACUGUGAUAAAUCAACUAAGCCAGGAACCAAAAUAUAUUCUUGCUCAAUUCAACCUUGUCCUUCCCGGUGGCAUGUAGGAAAGUGGAGCUUCUGUAAAGCGAAUACUUGUCAAUCUGAACAAUACAGAGAAGUGUACUGCACCAGUGAUGGCUUUAAAGUAGCAGAUGAAAAUUGCUCAACAGAAAGCAGACCUCACAACUCACAAAAAUGCUCAAAUAAAUGUCACUUCAAAUGGUUUACUGGUUCAUGGUCUAAGUGCCGUGGUGUAUGUUCUGGAGGAUUUCAAAUAAGGUCCGUCACGUGCCGGCAACACAUGAAUGGAACUGCAGAGAGCUUUUCUAAUUGUGAUAGGUCACUACAGCCUCCGCAUAUUCGCAAAUGCAAAAAUGAAAACUGUUCCCAAAACAAAGAUCCAAAUGCCUUUUGGGUAACUGGACCAUGGAGUGAGUGCAACACUCAAUGCGGGCUUGGUGAACAAUUUAGGAAUGUGACUUGUGUGACGAAGCAUAGCAGAGGGUCAAUAUCCAAUUUUAACUGUGAGAACAGAUCAAAACCACAUUUAAAGCAACAGUGUUCUAGUAAAAUAUGCAAAGAAACGUCAACAUUGGGUUGCAGUGAUCAAUACAGCUGGUGUUCAUCAAACUCCAUAGAUGAAGAACUGUGUCAUUUAAAAUUUUACAGCUCAAACUGUUGUAAGUCAUGUCAUAAAUACAUGUAAGUAGAAAAAUCAUUUGAAUGAAGUAAAAA